AUGUCCGACGAUGAGAUGAAUAUUGACGAUAUGGCUUCGGGUGGUGCAGUAAGGAGAAGAGGCAGAGGUUUCCAAAAUACUGGAGGAAACGAAGAGAAUGUAACAGCAGAACCAACCUAUGAUCGCGUGGAGAGUACACAGGCCAAGGAUUCCGAUACCAGGGCAGCGCGAUCUGUAGAAGGAUGGAUUGUUCUCGUGACCAAUGUUCACGAAGAGGCCACAGAAGAGGAUGUACAAGACAAGUUUGCAGAGUUUGGAGAGAUUAAGAACUUACAUCUCAAUCUUGAUCGUCGAACCGGUUAUGUCAAGGGAUAUGCUCUGGUGGAAUAUGAGACUAUGACAGAGGCACAGGCUGCUAUUGAUGGUGCAUCGGGAACACCGUUGCUUGAACAAGUAUUGCAAUGUGACUAUGCUUUCGUUCGACCACCGCCCUCUGGACCUAAAAAGGGCAGGCCUGCUCGAGGACGUAGCGCCAGCCCAACUUUUGAGCUGGCUGUAGAAUUGUUCUCACGCUGUCUCUUCCGCCUCCUUCACCCUCCAAUACGAUCUCGCGUGUUCUUCGUUGCAUACAUCAUGCCCGGUGUCGCACACUCUGAUAGUGGGGACUCCAAUGCAGUUGGUCCUGACUCCAAAAUCAAGCCGGACGCCAGUGACGCCGAGUCUGGCUCUGAUGCAGGCUCUGAAGGGGGUUCUGAAUACGAAAUCGAAGAGGUUUUAGACGCGAAACGCGGCUAUUUCCCAGAUGGUCGAAUGGGCUACUAUGUCAAGUGGAAGGGCUAUGGUUCGGAGGAUAAUAGUUGGGUGGAUGAAGUCGACGCGGUCAACGCCAAAGAUCUUGUCGAUGAAUUUUGGCGCAAAAAUCCUAAGAAACAGAAGAAAUUAUUGAACGCAAAGCUCGCGGAAAAAAAGUCUCCAAAGAAAGGCAGGAAGUCAGUCGCAUCCGAAGAGGUCUCUGACUCUGAGGACGCUUUGACUUCCAAGAAGCGUGGGCGUAAAUCGACGUCUCAGAAACCGGAUCCAGAUGAUAUGGACGUAGACGAAAUAGAACAACCCCCGAAGAAGGCCAGGAUUUCAACCCAAAACUCAAAAUCGAAGAUGCAGAUGGUCAAAUCUUCAUCCCCAGAAUCAGAAACACCAAUUAUAGGAAACAUGAAGCAAUAUAUGGGCUUGAAGAGUUGGGAAGGCUUGGUAAAGACUGUGGACACUGUUGAGAAGGCUUCCGAGUCCUCGAACAGUUUGGUUAUUUAUUUUACACUCAACACCGGGGAGAAAGUCAUGGAAGCUUCAACAAUCUGCAAAGAGCGCUUUCCUCAAAAGCUGAUUGAAUUCUACGAAUCCAAUUUGAGGUGGAAAACUGUUGAAGAUGCAACAUACGAUUAA